UUACCACAACCCUACCUGCAAACUGCAAUGCACUGUUUGGGGUUCAAAUCUUUCCAGAAUAGAACUCAUGAAAAUUCAUCCCAGUGGACGAACCACGCCUCUUGACUACUGGAGUUACACUGUAAGAGAGACACAGUACGGUUUCUUCAAGAGAGUGGAGGCCGCCGUUCCCUCGUCCCAGCACACUAGCCAUAGGUACCAGUGUGAGGCUUGGGACAGUCUCGGUCAGCACAUCUCUCGGAACUACACACUACAACCUUUCCUCAAGGCGCGGAUCCUGGAGGACAAGUCGUCCCUCGUUAGGGACGGAGAGAUGAUGGCCAAUCUGACGUGCACAGUCAUCGGUGACCCUAUUACCAACAUAACUUUUGACUUGGGGUACACCUUCAAGUAUCUCGAAAACCAGCCCCCAGACGAGAUAAUGUACGCACCGGACGGCACCACAGUGGCCGUGAAACAGGUCGUCUAUGACGACGGGGACGAACACGGGUCCUCUGCGGAGAGCAAAGGAGUUCUGUCCCUUUCUUCUUGUACCGUGACACAGAAUGUUCUCGGAAGAAAAGAAUAUCCAAACACUGCAACAUACUUUUACCCUUCGCCUUAACUCUUUGAGGUAGCGCUGGGCAAUGAGUCGUUUUGGUAAAAUCCAGAUAAUAUGUUAGGGCAUCUCUUCGGCAAUAUGUUAUGAACCGCUUUGGAAAAUGGGUGUUAUAACCACUUCAACAAUACUUAAUGGGUGCAGCUACUUCGGUAAUGGAGUUAGGAACGAGAGUUCAGAGUCAGGAUUCGGAUAAUGUUUCAUUGUGAAUUACCCUGUUAUCCGGAUAGUUUAUUCGGAUUUUGCUUACCAAAUAUUACUUGGUAGCGGACACAAAUCGUUGAUCAGCUGCUGUUCAGAUGUUCUAAAUAAACGCCAAAUUUCAAUGUU